AUGCACUUUGAUACGCAUGGCUUUGUUGCACGAUUAGAAGCAUCAGGAAUGCCAAGGCCACAAGCUGAUGCAUUGGUCACAGCUUUAUCUGACGUUGUUGAAGAAAGUAUAAAGGGGCUAGAAAAAGGUUUAAUCAGCAGAGAAGAAGGAGAAAGGUGGAGAUAUAGUCAAAAAGUAGAUUUCGCACGUUUGAAAUCCGACGUUCAGCUUCUUGAACGAAAUGAUUUCACAUUGAUGAAAAGUGAAAAUGAACGAUUGAUGGCCGAUGUGGAAAAAUUGAAGCAGAGAUUACGCGAAGAGAUCACAAGAACAGUUGCAGGCGUUCGAUUGGAUUUGAAUUUGGAAAAAGGUCGUAUUCGUGAUGAAUCUUCCGUGCAUGCUCUCAAGAUCAAGGAAGUUGAUACAAGAAUCGAAUCAGAAAUCGCUGGCCUAAGAUCGACAAUCGCAAGUGCAAAAAUCAAUGUUUUGCAAUACUUGGUCGGUGUGGCUACUGGUUGUGGAGCCCUACUUUUGGCAUACUUGCGCAUGUUCAGAUAA